AUGAGUUUCACUGUAAAAGGAAGCCUUAACGCCCACAUGAAAAUUCACACAGGAGAAAAGCCUAACACGUGCCUUCAAUGUGGAAAGAGUUUUGAUAAACAAGAAAACCUUACAGUCCACAUGAUGAGAGUUCACUCAGGAGAGAAUCUAUACACAUGCCCUCAGUGUGGAAAGAGUAUAAAACAAAAAGGACACUUUGAAGUACACAUGAGAGCUCACUCUGAAGAGAAGCCUUUCACAUGCCCUCAGUGUGAAAGGAGUUUCAAUCAAAAAGGACACUUUGAAGAACACAUAAGAACUCACACUGGAGAGAGGCCUUUCACCUGCCAACACUGUGGGAGGAGUUUCAUCCGAAAAGGAAUCCUUAACAGGCACAUGAGAAUUCACACUGGAGAGAAGCCGUUUAUAUGUGGUCACUGUGGAAAGUGUUUCCAAUAUAAAGUAACCCUAAAGUACCACAUGAGCAUUCACUGA